AUGGGUUGUCUUACUUCCUCUUAAAAAGAAGAAGAUAUAAGUAUAGCUUUACAAAGUUCUAAGAAACUGAAAAUUGUAAUAGUAGGAUUAGAAGGAAGUGGAAAAACAUCAAUACUUUAAUAUUUGAAGAAUGGAAAAUUUACAGAAUCUUAGCCUACAAUAGGUAUUGCUAAUUGAAAUUAGGUUUGAAUGUGGAAACAAUUUAAUUUAAGGCUAGACAUUAUUUAAUUUUUGAUGUUGGUGGGAAGGUUAGAACAUUAUGGUCUCAUUAUUAUGAAAACUUAGAUGGAUUAGUAUUUGUUAUAGAUACAACAGAUUCAGAAAGAAUAGAAAUUGUUAAAAAUGAAUUGAAAAAAUUGGGAAGCGAAAUAAAAUAGAAAGUAUUAAGUCAUCUAAAAUAGAUAGUGUUGCUAAUAUAUUUGAA